GGGAGUGCUAGAACAGCCAGCUAACGGUCAUAACCUUCGCCGGCCAGAUAGCAAAAUCCAUGACUUGAUGCAGGAACUCAUUGGUUAGACAUCUUAUGAUGCAUCUUUAGUUGCCAGUGAUGGGGCGUAUAGAACGACCUUGCUAAUGGUGACACCGUAGACAAGUUCUUUGUCAAACACCUGUCCCUCGAUGUCGAGGAUGCUGUGAUGCUUCACCACCGCUACUACAAGGAAUACGGCCUGGCAAUCGAAGGGCUGACUCGAUUUCACAAGAUCGACCCGCUCGUGUUCAAUCGGGAAGUCGACGAUGCCCUGCCACUAGACGACAUUCUGAAGCCCAACAUGAAGCUCCGGACGUUGCUGGAGGACUUUGACAAAACCAAAGUAAAGCUCUGGUUGCUGACGAAUGCAUACGUCACUCAUGGGAAGAGAGUAGUCAAGCUUCUGGGCGUGGAUGAUUUGUUUGAGGGCAUCACGUACUGCGACUAUAGUGCAGAAAAGCUUGUCUGCAAGCCAGAUAGGGAAAUGUACUUGAAGGCAGAGAGGGAGGCAGGAGCCGCUUCGCCAGAAGAGUGCUAUUUCGUUGACGACUCGCACCUUAACUGUCGUCAUGCCCAGGCUCACAAUUGGACGACAAUUCACUUUGUCGAGCCGACCCUACCGGCGCCAGAAACCCGGGCGUCCAAGUAUCAGAUCGCCGAUCUCGAGGAGAUUCGGGCCUUGUUUCCGCAGUUCUUCAAGGCGCCGAACUAGUCGUUAUUUCUGUAAAUAGGAAACCAAUUAUAACGUAAAUAUUGUAAAAAUGAAUUCAUCCUAUCGUAUCUGCUAAACAUGGCGGGCAGAAAUUAUGCGCCAAAGAGGCGAAUACCACGUAAGAGGCUUGCCAGGUGAACCAUGGGCAAGUCUUAUGUUUGCAUCAUCAACGGUGUCAAGGCCGGCAGUUAACGCACACUCGGGAUACUUCUUGUGUUUCUUUGCCCGUGGCUGCCAUCCAUUCAGCCGAAGAAGAGAAAAGAGGGCCUGUGGCCAGACUCGUCUCAGGGAUGUUUUGGGACACGGAUCCCUGCUCGUCCCAGCGCAGAGAAAAGAUACGACAAACCCUGGUCUAUAGCAGUGACAAGGUAUGCAUAUCUCACCGUCCAACAUGCAAGUUGCACGGCGUAGUAUCCCUAUCUGUCUCUUUCUGUCUCUCUGCUUGCAUGGAGCGCCGUAUACUUCGCGAUGUAGGGUAAUGUUGGGUGCCGACAGUGUUUGCAUGGACCAUGGACAACGCAACGCCCCGUGAAAUACACCUGAAAUGACAUCAACCACUCCCACAGCUUCAUGUCUCUCGCUCAUCUGUGGCCGUACCGUAUUUCUGGCUCCUCUUAGCGUCGAAGUCAUGCAUCUGCCCUCCUCUGAGGGCCAUCCUUCAAAAAGCUGGAGCUGAAGCUGCCUCCUCCUGAUUCUUCUUUCCUUUUUUUUUUUUUCUCU